AUGCUGUGGAGAGUUUGGGACCUGCAGCUGAAGGAAACUGGGAUUUUGGUCUGCAGAUGCUAUGAAAGCUUCAGAGGAAAGCAGAUUCCCAAGGAAGAUGCAGCAGGCUUCCUGGGUUACUUCUUAUCAUCACUGUUCACCAAAGACCAGUUAAUCAUUGGCUCUGAAGAGUAUGCAGGAAAGUUCACCUGUGCAGCAGACAUAAGGGAGUUUUAUAUGAGAGCCCUUUCCCUGACACCAAGAACUGAAAAGAUCAAGACCCUGGACAAGGCCGGUGUGCUCCACCGUACCAAAACAGUGGACAAGGGGAAGAGACUUCGGAAGAAACACUGGAGCGCCUCCUGGACGGUGCUGAAAGGCGGCGUCCUGACCUUCUUCAAGGACUCGAAAACCUCAGCUGCGGGUGGCCUGAGGCAUCCUUCCAAGCUCUCCACCCCGGAGUACAUGGUCGAACUGAAGGGGGCCUCUCUCGAUUGGGACCCCAAAGACAAAUCCAGCAAGAAGAAUGUGUUAGAGCUGCGAAGCCGAGAUGGCUCAGAAUACCUGAUCCAGCAUGACUCGGAGGCCAUCAUCAGCACCUGGCACAAGGCCAUAGCCAAAGGCAUUGAGGAGCUGUCCACAGACCAGCUCCAGGGGGUGGAAGGUGAGCCCAGCAGUGCUGAUUUCGGGUCCAGUGAGCGCCUAGGAAGCUGGCGGGAGGAGGAUGUGCAGCAGAAUGCAGCCUCACCUUCCCAGAGCCCUGGAGCCCUGGAUAGCGACUUGAGCAGGGUCCGGCUCAAGCUCCGUAAAUUCCUACAGAGAAGACCCACUCUGCAGUCUUUGCGGGAAAAGGGCUACAUCAAAGACCAGGUGUUUGGAUGUGCGCUGGCUCAAUUGUGAGAACGCGAGAGGAGUCCCGUGCCACGCUUCGUGCAGCAAUGCAUCCACACUGUCGAGGCUCGGGGGCUGGACAUCGACGGGCUGUACCGCAUCAGUGGGAACCUGACCACCAUCCAGAAACUGCGCUAUAAGGUGGAUCACGAUGAGCGCCUGGACCUGGAUGACGGGCGCUGGGAGGACGUCCACGUGAUUACGGGCGCAUUGAAGCUCUUCUUCUGGCAGCUUCCAGAACCCCUCUUCCCCUUCUCGCACUUCCACCAGUUCAUAGCAGCCAUCAAGCUGCAGGACCCAGCCCAGCGCAGCCGCUGUGUACGUGACCUGGUGCGCACGCUGCCCGCUCCCAACCACGACAAGCUCCGACUGCUCAUCCAGCACCUGUGCCGGGUGAUCAAGCAUGGCGAGCAGAACCGUAUGUCCGUGCAAAAUGUGGCCAUAGUGUUCGGGCCCACGCUGCUGCGGCCUGAGAUGGAGGAAGCCAGCAUGCCCAUGACCAUGGUGUUCCAGAACCAGGUAGUGGAGCUCAUCCUACAGCAGUGCGCAGACAUCUUCCCGCCGCACUGACUGCGGACCCUGGGUGGCUGGAGGCCAUGAGGCUGGACCUCCUCUGAAGCUCUCCGCUUCCCACCCCGCUGCACUGUGACUUCUACACCCCUCGAUUCAGAGGGUACGGUGACCCCCUUCAUGACCC